CGACUGGCCAGAGAGGAGAGUUAUUCUUUUCAGGUGCACGCCUGUAUAAAAAACCUCUGGAGCAUGCAUCCACCCACAGGAAACUUCCCGUGCCCUGUCACAUCAGUUCUUCUGCUAUGAUCUCUGCACAGCAGCCACCAUUUCCCAACAAAAUUCAAAGAGCAAUGGACUGCCAAUCUGAGGAAGAAGAAACCUGUGAAGAGCAGUGUGACUCUGAAAACUGCACUUGCAGCUCCAAGCAUGCAGAAUCUGACACAGGCUCACCAGUAACUCUCAAAAUACUGCAGAACUGGGUUCCUAGAGUUUCGCACUACUUCGAUAAAGAGCACUAUACAUAUGUUGGCCACCGGAUCAUCAUUCAGGAGUCCAUAGAACACUUUGGAGCCGUGGUAUGGCCGGGGGCACUGGCUUUAUCUCAAUAUCUGGAAUCAAAUCAAGAACAAUUCAACCUCAAAGACAAAAAAGUUUUGGAAAUUGGUGCUGGAACAGGCUUGCUUUCCAUUGUGGCCUGUAUCUUAGGAGCUCAUGUUACAGCUACCGAUCUGCCUGAAGUUCUUGAAAAUCUCUCAUAUAAUAUUUCAAGAAAUACACAAAACAUGAAUAUGCACAAACCUGAAGUGAGAAAACUGGUAUGGGGAGAAGGCCUCAACGAAGAUUUUCCUGUAUCAACUUACCAUUAUGAUUUCAUACUGGCAACUGAUGUUGUGUACCAUCAUGCAGCUCUGGAUCCCCUGCUAGCAACAAUGGUGUAUUUUUGUAAGCCAGGAACAGUAUUACUAUGGGCCAAUAAAUUCAGAUUUACUACAGACUACGAAUUUUUGGAAAAACUUUCCAAUAUAUUUAACACAACUAUUCUAGCAGAAUUUCCAGAAUCCAAUGUCAAGUUGCUUAAAGCCACAGUAAGAGAAAAUUAAAGAGAAAACUAUCACUAUUCUUGAUUUAGUGGCAGGACCUCACAGUUUGGAAUGCUUUGCAGGAUUAUGUUGCACCUUAUGUGCAUUUACAUUUGUAAAGUCGCAGUUGUAUUUCAGUUUUGCAUUGCAAGUAUUGAAAAAACUAGCAAGGCAAAGGAUACGGCAAUUUGUCUCUGGUUGAUACAUAUGACCUGUUCAAACAGACCAAUUUCCCUUCACUGAAGGAACAAUUUUCAUAGCAGUAGUCAGUAACAAGGCUUUAACAAAAAGCACUGAUCUUCUGGGCUGCACUGAACUUUUGUUUGUAAGGUGUUUUCUUUCAGCAAGUUUUUUUUAUGUACUAAUCCAGAAACCAAUACAAUUUUUAG